GCCGCGGGGCGGGAACCUGGGGCUGCCUUCAGGUGCGCCUCCAGGUUUCUGCAGAGAGAGCACCUAGGCAAAGAGAGUGGCGACCCCAGAUUCACAGGAAAUGCACAGACACGGCGUGGUUAUUCCUGUUCUUCCUCUUCUGGACUGGUCUGAUGUUCAUCAUGGGCUACUCGCUGGUGGCUGGAUCCACACAAAGGCUCCUCUUUGGCCAUGACAGCUUUGGCAACGUGUGUGGCAAGAAGAACUCCCCAGUGGAGGGGGCCCCUCUUUCGGGACAGGACAUGACCCUAAAAAAAAACGUGUUCUUUAUGAAUUCCUGCAACCUGGAAGUCCAAGACGCGAGGCUUGGCCGCACAGCCCUCUGCGUCUCCAGCUGUCCUGAAGAGCAGCUUGACACUCUGGAAGAGGUCCAGCUCUUUGCAAACACCAGCGGGUCCCUCCUGUGUGUUUACAGCUUGAAUUCUGUCAACUACACCCAGAAUUCAAAAGCCAACUCACUGUGCCCCAGGCUACCAGUUCCCCCAAGCAAGUCUUUUCCCUUGUUUAACCAAUGCAUUCCUCAAACACCGGAGUGUUACUCCCUGUUUGCAUCUGUUCUGAUAAAUGAUGUGGACACCCUCCAUCAAAUACUCAGUGGAAUAAUGUCGGGAAGAGAUACAAUCCUUGGCCUGUGUAUCCUCGCAUUAGCCUUGUCUGUGGCCAUGAUGCUCACCUUCCGAUUCAUCACCACCCUUCUGGUUCACAUUUUCAUUUCCUUGGUGAUUUUGGGAUUGCUGUUUGUCUGCGGUGUCUUAUGGUGGCUGUAUUACGACUAUACCAAUGACCUCAGUGUAGCGUUGGACACGGAAAGGGAAAACAUGAAGUGUGUGCUGGGGUUUGCUGUGGCAUCUUCAGUCAUCACGGCAGUCCUACUCGUUUUGAUUUUUGUUCUCAGAAAAAGAAUAAAAUGGACAGUUGAGCUUUUCCAAGUCAUGAAUAAAGCCAUCAGCUGCUCUCCUGUCCUGCUGUCCCUGCCACUGUGGACGUGUGCCAUCCUCAUUUUCUUCUGGGUCCUCUGGGUGGCUGUGCUCCUGAACCUAGGAACUGCAGGGACUGCCCAAGUGAUGGAAGGUGGCCAAGUGGAAUACAAACCUCUUUCAGGCAUUCGGUAUAUGUGGUGGUACCAUUUAAUUGGCCUCAUAUGGACUAGUGAAUUCAUCCUUGCAUGUCAGCAAAUGACCAUAGCUGGGGCAGUGGUUACUUGUUAUUUCAACAGAAAUAAAGAUGGCCCUCCUGAUCAUCCAGUCCUUUCAUCUCUCUCCAUACUUUUCUGCUGCCAUCAAGGAACAGUCGCGAAAGGGUCAUUUUUAAUCACCAUGGUGAGAGUCCCAAGAGUCAUUCUCUCAUAUGUUUCCAGCACUCUGAAAGAGAAGCAGCGCAGUGCAUUGUCGAGGUGCGUGUUCAAAUGCUGCUACUGCUGUUUCUGGUGUCUUGACACAUACCUGUGCCAGCUUAACCAGAAUGUAUAUACUACAACUGCCAUUAAUGGGACGGAUUUUUGUACAUCAGCAAAGGAUGCAUUCGAAAUCUUGUCCAAGCAUUCAAGUCAUCUUACAUCUGUUAACCGCUUUGGAGCCUUCAUAAUUUUUUUAGGAAAGGUGCUGGUGGUGUGUUUCACUGUUUUUGGAGGACUGAUGGCAUUUAAUUACAACCGUGCACUCCAGGUGUGGGCAGUUCCUUUGUUGUUGGUAGCUUUUUUUGCCUACUUAGUAGCGCAUAGUUUUUUAUGUGUGUUUGAAACUGUGCUGAAUGCACUUUUCCUGUGUUUUGCUGUCGAUCUGGAGACAAACGAUGGAUCAUCACAAAAGCCCUACUUCAUGGACAGAGAGUUUUUGAGUUUUGUAAAAAGGAGCAACAAGUUAAAUAGUAUACGAGCCCAGCAAGACAAGCACUCUCUGAGGAAUGAAGAGGGAACAGAACUCCAGCUCGUGGUGAGAUAGGUGCCUAUUAGAUCGUACCCAGAAAAGGUUUCCUUCUUCUAAGAGGCAUUUACAGGGUAAAAGACAAGACCAUUACAGAGAAGAUAGUGGAAUUAAAAAUAAAAGGCCAGACUUAUACUCCUAUUCUUCCUCAUUGUUCUUGUGUUACUAUUGUUCUGUCUGACCACGUCACAACACUGAAACCGUUUACACCUUUUUUUGUACCAACCCAGACAAAUAAACUUUUAAAGCCAUGUUUAUGUGCACCAGUUUAAAAAGCACAAUAUGUAAAAAUGCCUUUGAG